AUGUCCCCCUUGCUCUCCCCCCCUGGCAGCACCGUUUAUGUUGGAGCCGUGGUGGGCACCGUUUCCGUUGGAGACAUUGUGGGAUUCCAAGUCGACCCAGAACGUGUUUCUGCUGCGUCUGCUUCUGCAUCUGCUUCUCCUGCCGCCUCUGCCACUCCAUUCCCAGUUGUUUUUCGACGAGUCGCAGCCGUUGAGGGAGACGAGAUGGUGUCAUCUCAGCCGUCGGAUGCGCCGUUCCGGAUAGAGAAGAAGCAGUUCUGGGUGCUUGCAGACGACCCAGCUGUUCCUGCAAAGGAGGCCCUAGACAGCCGCACUCUUGGUCCUGUGCACGUGAGGGACAUGGUGGGGAGAGCUCUGUACGUGGUGCGCUCAGCACUGGACCACGAACCCAUACACAACAGUGAUCGGGCCAUGUUAGACGACUCAGCAGUAAUGGCGAUGGAGUGCAGUAUUGAGGACCUUCUUAAGCGGAUAAAUGAAGAAAGGCGGUGA